AUGUCAGAAGGGGAUAGACCUAAAAGUGGUCUGAGUUUAGCCAGCAGUACAGCCACUAUCUCUUCAGUCUCAAUGGGAACAAAGCCAUACGUAGCCCGGCCGGUCCGGAAAGUGCACACAUUUGGGAAGAGAGCAAACUCCAUCAAGAGAGAUCCUAACUCUCCCGUUGUACUGCGUGGCUGGCUUUAUAAGCAGGAUAGCUCUGGGCUCAAAUUGUGGAAACGGCGCUGGUUUGUCCUUUCCAAUUACUGCCUCUUCUACUACCGAGACAGCCGUGAAGAGAUGGUUUUGGGCAGUAUCCUCCUCCCCAGCUACGAGAUUCGGACAGCUUUCUCCAAGGAGAAGAAGAACCGUCGCUUUGUAUUCAAGGCUGAACACCCUGGCAUGCGGACUUACUAUUUCAGUGCAGACACCCAGUUGGAUAUGAAUAGCUGGAUCAGGGCCAUGAACCAAUCAUCUGUGGCUGAGUGCAACUGUGGAAACCUCAACCAAGGGGGUCUCCACAGCCACUCAGUGUCUGCCCACACCAGCUUUGAGGACAUCCGGCUCCCCCAGGAUGAUUGUGCCAAAAGCACCGAGUCGCUGGAAGUUGCCCAUCUCUCAGAGAUCCAGGAGGCCCGGGCCUCCUCAUCCGAGAGCCUCCACCUGCCUGACAUCCAGAAGGGAUCCCCUUGCCUUAAGAGGGCUUCUUUAUCCAGUUCGCUCAACGGGAGCUACUGCCACGAAAAGAAAGAGCAGCCAGAACUGAGUUCCCUGUCUUCCCAGACACAUGGAUGUCCUUCUCCUGUUAGUUGCACUAAGUUCUCUUCCCGGCCACGGACCCCGCUACCGCCUUCAUCGGAAAGCCCACCUCCUCCUUCUCCAUCCUGGAUAUUUCAGCCUUCCCCUGUGCUUUCCCUGCGUUCCUCCCGAGCCUACUCCCUCCCGCUAGCCCCAGCUGAGUCCCCCAAGUUGCCACGGACUCAACCAUCAGAUGCGCAGGAUGCCCGCUGGAGCCCUCAUGAUGUCCAUCGGAGCCCUCCGCGAUCAGCUGUUGCACAGGCUGCCUCCUGUGACGAUCUCUCCAUCAUGAGCUCUCCUAGGAUUCUGCAUGCCAACACCCCUAUGGGAAGGGUAGAUAUUGCCCCCAACAAAUGCCUUCCCAAUAACCCUUAUGCUGUUGCAUUGGCGGCCCACAAAGGCCACUCUCUGACCCCUGCAGACCGGUACGAUGUGUUCCCUACUACUGAGGACUCCUAUGCCAGGCACUACACUCAAAGUCCUCAUCUUCAUAGAGUCCAGCCUGUGGGUGAAGAUGGCUUGGCCGCUUCAAUGGGGAGACCGCAACAGAACAGAUUUACAGACCGAGGUUACCUCUCUCCACCGGUUGGCCCAUCCCGUGCUUUGGUCAUGUCUCGGCUUCACGGCCGACUGAUAACCCCCCACUCCGCCUCAUCAAGCUACCUGCACCUACCACCCCUUCCUCCCCUGCCCACUCGGCCCACCCCAGGGAAAAGGACAUCUAUAGGGAUCACGGGUCGAAACGCGCUGAGGGAAAGGAGCAGCCAGUCUCUUGGCAGGCAGCGGUUUGAAAGUGACACUGAUGCUCUUUUGACAAAAUUGUGUGGCCAAGACAAACUGCUUCGAGGUCUGGAAGAAGAGACAGGGCAGCUUCGUGCUGAAAAGGAACGUCUUGAAAAGGCCUUGGAAGUAACACACUUGAGGCUGGAGGAGUUUAAAGGCCAAGAUGCCACCGUGGAGAAGAUCUGCUAUCAACAAAGGCAACUGCAAGAUGAACUGGUGCACAUCCGUGCCCGUCUCUGUGAUCUUACAUUGGACAAUGAACGAGUAUGGGAAGAUUAUACGGCCUUGGAAAAUGAUGUACAGAUGCUGAAGGGUUCCUUGGAGCAUAUCCGGACUGCCGGGCAUCCCCAGGACCAAGCAGCAGCUCAGCAGGAUUUGUGGAGAAUCUAUGACAUCCUGGCGGGAUUGAGAUGCAGCCAUGCAAAUUACCGCACCCUGGAAAACCGAAGAUCAGAUGUGUCUCCAGGCUCACCCUCACCUCUGGAUUCACAUCUGGGGGCAAAUCAUCACCCUCUGCUAUCCUGCACCGAAACAGAGGAAUCUAUGCCCAGCUAUGGGCGGGAUACAGGAAAACCGGGCAGAAUAGGGAGCAAACAGCAGGAUGGCCCCAGUUCAACAGACUGGCAGGGACAACUCCAGAGAACGCACAAUCACAUCUACCCAUCCUAUCAGGUCCAGCAGAAAGAGUAUUUUGUGGGCUCCAUCCAUGAAGGAAUGUCACCUGACCAUGAAGGCUGCAUCCAUAGAAGUGAAGUUCCUGAACACAGCGUUGUCAAGGUGAUCUCUUCCGAAACGACGGUCCCUCGGCGGUCCCGCAUGAGCGCCCAGGAACAGCUGGACAGGAUGCAGCGGCACCAGGAGGCCAAACGGAAAUCUGAGGCUGCCCAGCCCCCUCCCCUGGGCCACUGGCGAGACUCUCUCAAGCAUGGGUCUAGCCGGGUGGGUGUGAAGCCUUGUGGGGAGGAGGAGGAGGAGUGUAGGAGAAUGGCAGGGCCCCUCCCCAAUGCCCCCCCUGAGUCAUCACCCAAGGAGGGAGUGCAAAUUGGGGAAGUCAAGCCUCCUCGGUGCCCCCCAACCCCUGAGUGGGAGCGACAGCGAGUAAUCCAGCUCUCCCAUGCGCUGGCGACAGAGGCUUCGCAGCGGGGAAAACUCGUCACAGGAAGGACCAGUUCUCGCUCCUCCCUAGAUGAUUUGGGUGCCUCACAAGAUGGCUUGAACCAUCACUAUUUUCCUGGGGAUGGCACCUGCAUAAAGCUAGACUCUAGCAACACAACAGCUGGACACCAUCAAACAGUUGCUCAAAAUCCCAGCUGCAGCACCAACUCUAAUGUUGCAAAUCAGAUGCCAGCUUCACCCCAAGCAACCAAACCAUUGUCGAGUGCCUCAGAAGCUUCUGACUGGUCCUUGCCUUGUCCUUGCAAGGAAAAUUGGUUGUCAUCCAAAAUGAAGACUCCACAGCCGACACCUCAUCUGUUUGACUCAGCCAGAGAGGAGCCAUUCCUAUUUAGCGGCCCUCAUUGGGAGGAACCUUUGCCUCAGCCGACCAAUUGGAACACAUGUUAUUGCAGAACGGCCAAUUGGGUUCUGCCUCCUGUAUGGGACUUAGAGAUGUGGGCAGCUGAUCAAAAGCUAGUCGGUAAUCAGAGCCUAAACAAUGGUAGAUGCAUCCAUUGGAGAAGUGAGCCUCAACAGGUGGCAGCAUAUUUUGGAGAAGUGACACAGCCUGUCAAGGUCACCUUGAUAAAAUCAAGUUUUUAAAUGAAGUGGGCAGAGAUGAUUUAAAGUGUGAUAAAAGAAUAGUGACAAGCCC